UUCCUGUUUGUCGUGGCUCUGUGGCGAAAAGGAUAAGCUUUACAUUUUAAGAUAAAUUGCAAAAAAUGUCAAUACAUUCAGGGGGAAAUAAUACUUCAAGAAGUAAAAGUGAAGAUGAAGGUCACACAGAUGUUAGUGGGAUAAUCGACAACACGAAAAAGUUAAGGUUGGAAUCCUUGUAUCAGCCUGUCGACUCACACAGUAGUCAUGAAGUCAUCAAGUGUAUGCCUUCACCAUUACCAGUCAAACAUUAUGAUGCUGAUACAACAGAGCCAGUUAGCUGUGGUCUUCAGACUUUGGAUGAGCUGUUGUCGUGGAAUCAAAGUGAGGCAAACCCAUUUAAUGGGGCAGUCGUCCCUCUGGCAGAGCGGGAACCUGCACUUCGCAGUUGCUCACGUCGCACCUUGGUAUCUCAUGACAUGAUGGGUGGAUACCUAGAUGACAGGUUUGUACAGGGGACAGCUGCAGAAGCUCCAUAUGCCUUCUACCACUGGCAGUACAUUGAUAUUUUCAACUACUUCACACACAACUUAGUGACCAUUCCGCCUGCUGUUUGGACCAGUGCUGCACAUAAACAUGGAGUUCUUGUUCUUGGGACUUUCAUCACAGAAUGGACUGAUGGAGCAGCGACAUGUGAGGCGUUCCUUAAAGACGACUUCUAUCAGAAAGUAGCUGAUAAGCUUGUUCAAAUGAGUCAGUAUUAUGGCUUUGAUGGCUGGCUCAUAAACAUAGAGAACACACUCAGUGAGGUUGCAGUGAAGACUACACCUUUGUUCCUACGCUAUCUCACAGAUCAGAUGCAUGAACAAAUUCCUGGCAGCAUGGUCCUGUGGUACGACAGUGUCAUAGAGACUGGACAGCUAAAAUGGCAAAAUGAAUUAAACCAGUCCAACAGGGUUUUUUUCAAUGCUUGUGAUGGUUUCUUCACCAACUACAACUGGACAGCACAAAACCUGGAGUGGAUGACUGAUUACAAUCACACCCACGGUCGCCAGGCUGACAUCUAUGUGGGGGUGGAUGUUUUUGCCCGUGGCGAGGUGGUGGGAGGGAUGUUUGAAACCAAUAAGGCACUUGAAAUGAUCCGAAAGUACAACUUUUCUGCCGCCAUCUUUGCUCCUGGUUGGGUGUACGAGACCCAAGACAAGACUGAGUUUCGUCAUAAUCAGGAUAAGUUCUGGGAUCUGCUGAAAAACAGUCUAUACAUUCAUCGUCCAUCUGUGCCACUGCCCUUCAUUUCUUCUUUUUGUCAGGGCUUUGGGAAUGCUUUCUAUUGGAAUGGAAAGCGGGAAAAAGACAGAAAGUGGUUCAACUUAUCUGCCCAAGAAAUCCAGCCAUGGUACUACCGUGAUGAGCUGGAGGAUCUGGGCUGGGUGAGGAGCCGUGGUUGCCCAGAGGAUGCCUGGAAUGGAGGAUCUUCAUUACUCCUGGAUGGAUUCAUCCCUGCAAGUCAUGCUUCACCAGUUUGUGCCAGGAUCUUCUCCCUUCAUGUGCCUCUUGCGUCCAAGACCCUGGUCAGCAUUAGAUACAAGUCAUCUUCUCAAGUCACAGUUUCACUGGAGCUCAAGAUGACUCGUACUGGUCUUUUCACAGAGGAGCACAGCUAUGAUAUGAAAUUAACAAGUAUUUCUCCAGCUCUACUCCAUGAAGGGCACGAGUUAGUGCGGCAGUUGACACAUCAACAAGGAAAUGUGGACACAGGUUGGACAGUCAGGUUUUGGAAGUUGGACAUUUACGGCUUUAUUCUUAGAGAGGUUUUGGUUAACAUCCAGCCGGUUGGUGAGCCUUGUGACACAUUUUUCAGCUGCAGGCUGGGGGAAAUCAUGUUCCUAGAUAUUGCCGGUCAACAGACAGCCCCAGAGAAGGUUCAGGACUUUUGUAUUCAUGACAUUGUGUGGCUGCGUGGUGCUGGGUCAUCUCCAGGGUCCUCUGACUGCUGCCUGUAUCUCAACGCGACACUACGCUGGGAGUACCCGACCGACCUUGUACGGCAUUUCAAGGUAUACUAUCGCCAGCUUGGUGGACCGGAUCCCAGAAUGGCUGCAGGUCAGCUGGUUGCGGUGGGCCGGGCAUAUUCAAAAUUGUACAGGAUAACAGAACUCCCAGUCCUUGAGCCCCCAGGCCUGCUUGAAUUGGUAGUGGAGCCAAUCACAAGGAAGGCGUUCCCACUGCCAGAGAGCUGCUGGGCAAGAACAACUGUUAGCUACACUGACAUUGAAUGUAAAAACUGUUGAAAAGUCAAGUCCACCGUGUCACAAUAUGACACCAUAUUGCAUUAGACAAAGCUUCUGAUCAAGACAAAGCGGUAUUGUCUACUGUUUUAACAAAGAUUAUAGAUGAAGAAUGACUUUGAUCAUACUUGAUUUACUGUCUACUAUACUACAGAGGAACCCGUUUAUGUCGACAACCCAUCUAAGUCACCCAACUCAUGAAGUGUUCUAUGUACAGUUGGGGAGGCAGGUGAGGCUCUUCACCUGUCAUGAUGAAAAAUAAAAUAAAUAUUAAUAUUCGUCCAAUGAACUGUAUUAUAAAUAUUUUCUGUAUGAUUCCAAUUGUUUUUAACAUUUUCUUAAGUAAAAAUAGCUGAAUUUGCACAUUUCCAGAUCAAAUACAGGGCAGAAAUCUAAAAUGAGUCUUCUGUGCUUAGUGUGCACGCUCCUUCCACUGGGGUAAUAAUGGAUGUAAGUUUUUGUCAACAAUUUCUCUGGAGGAAAACUUUGGAUGCACAGUUGCGCUCUCCUCCGCAUGUCCUGCACUGCUUGCCUGAUCAGUCCCCUGUCCCUCCGGAGGAUGUUAACUUCAGCUCUGAUUCGCUGUUCGAUGUCAUCGAGGUCAUGUGGUGUCACAUACACUUUUGGUUCGAGAUGGCCCCACAGAAAAAAGUGACCUCCAGGGCCAUUCCACUGGGCAGUUCAAAGCAAUAACAUAAUCACCAAAAAGCUCUGUCAGCCGAUCAGUUACAGUUCUCCUCCGGUGUGGUGGAGCACCAUCUUGGGCCCACCAAGCACGUGCCAACUAACCAUUUCCUUGAAGACGAAAAUGCGGCAUUCCUCUGAGAGUAUGAACGACAUGCAGAACAUUCAGAGAUAAUCAUCACCGUUGAUGUUGUUGCGUAAAAAGUACGGUCCAACAAUUAAAACUAUUUCAAGACUAAUCUUGUCGGAAUAAUCUGGCCAUCGCAGUGUAGAAGAACAAAAAUUCCCAUUUUGCAUCACAGUUUAUCACUUUUCCUGAUAUUCUCCAUCCAUCCAUCAAUUUUCUUUACCAAUUAUCCUUCCUCAAAUUUGAGCCCUUUAAUUUUUUGGAGGAUUUUUUUUGUCCACCGGGAAAACGGGCUUGUGUUCAGUCAUGCAUGCAAUUAUGCAAAAAAUUUUGGUAUGAACCGAAGGAUGAUGUCCAUACCAACAUAUGCAAAUAAAGAAAUUUCAUGAAAAUAUUCAAUUGUAACUU